AACUACGUCCUGCUAGUCCGCCAAGGAGAUACUGCCCGGCGCUCAAUCACAAGAGGCAAUGAACAAUGCUGGAACGGUAGUCUUGCGCCUGGCCCGGAAAUGCCUACAACAUUCUACAUGUCAACGGUCUCCUGAGCACACCCUAGGCUUGUUCUGCCCUCUUCCUUUACCGUCACAUAGGCCGCCGUCCUCUAUCUUCCAAGCGCUCCCUUCCCUGCGCUCUCAAUGCGGCUCAUACGGCCAACAGAGGCAUUUUACCCAAUCGAAUCCAUACAGCUUCCGGCGUUCCUCAGCUGUGCAGAUCCUCAAACAGUAUGGCUCUGGCAAGAAACCGGAGAAGGGUCUGAGGUUCCAGAAGGGCGAACUGAGCCAUAAAGAAGUCGUCGCUAUAUUCGGAUCACAAGCACCGCCGACAAAUGUAGCCAACUACCUUCUCCGAGUCAUCCAUGGCCGCCGUCAUGACGGUACCCUCGAUAUUCCACUACCGGAAGAGUUGGAGGAGGAAUUGGCCAAAUACCCGCAUGUAUUCGAGGAUGGUCUGCAAUGGCUGAGAACAACAUACCCAAUAGAUGAAGAUGCGGCUAUCCUAGGGCGCAUUGAGCGGGAAGAGCACGCGCUUGAGAGAGACAACCCCUCCGAAUUGCUACAAAGAGGACAAGAUCUUGGGUUCUACAGAGGUCCGCAGAGUGGUCAUUAUCAAGCCAAGCUAUCCGGCAAGGAGGGCGACGUGUUCGGUGUUAGUGAACUUGAGAAGAUUCGAGCGGAGAACGAAGCCAGACUCCAGCAAGAGGAGGAGGAGCUACAGGCGCAGAUUGACCAGCGCAUGACCAAGGUCCAGGAAGAGAGGACGAGAGCCCUAGCUCAGCGUCCCGAACAAGGUCUGGAGUCGGCGAAAGAGGUGCGGCCACCCAAUACAUUCGAGAAAUGGGUUCUGAAGGCCCAGAACCGGGCUCAAUCAAAGUUGACCCUCGAAUCACCGGAAGUGGCUCAGCAGACCACAGCUCAGCGGUUGCUGCCUUCGCUCCUUUUGGUCACUGUGGCAGUCGGAGGCUGCUACCUCUACUCUCAGUACUGGCAGCGACCCAAACAGUCCGAGAGAUUCUUCCCGGACGUCGCGCUGUCUUUCGCGACCAUUAGCGGAUUAGUCGCAAUCAACUUGGCCGUGUUCUGCGCUUGGAGACUGCCGCCGUUCUGGUCGACCCUGAACAAAUACUUCAUCAUUGUCCCUGCUUAUCCGUACGCUCUCAGUAUGUUGGGGAGUCUCUUCAGCCACCAGAAAUUCACCCAUCUCCUGGCCAACAUGAUACCACUGUUGAUAUUUGGUCUGCCUCUCCACGAAGAAGUUGGACGAGGCACGUUUCUAGCCAUCUUCCUGUCUUCGGGCUUAUUAGGAAGCCUUGGAAGUUUGGCGCGCCACUCGGCGCAGAAAGUAUUUAUUACGACGACCCUUGGAGCUAGUGGUUGUGUCUAUGGUAUUGUUUCGGCAUAUUUGUGGCUGCAUCUAGAUGACCGAUUCUCGAUUGUCUUUUUACCACCCGACCUUGCAGACAAGCUCUCAUUCAGUGGCAAGUACCUGUUGGUAGGGCUUGGUUUACUACAACUCGUUGGCAGUUUGAGACCUAUUAUGAAGAUCGAUUACUUUGAUCAUCUUAUUGGCAUGACUGUCGGAGUGGUUUCAGCUUGGUGGUGGCAGAGCAACAAGGAGAAAGAUGGCGGUUUUAGAAAGAAAUUUACCAACUGGUGGAAGUUGACACUGUCCGGCUCUAAAUGAGGCACCGUGCCACAGUGACACUGGGUUAUGAAGCAGCCGGAUUUGCAGUCAGGCGAACAAGGUCCACCUUAGAGCACUGCAGGACUACCAUGGUGGCAGUGAGCAAUAAAACGCAACCGCCCUUGCAGUAUGGCGUGGCAAAGCCUGCUUCUGCUCAUCCUGAGGGAAGCCACUCCCCAGGGAGAGACUGGUCCCAUCUCGUGCAGAGAAGAGAAGAGCCACAACUCGCGAUGCUGAUAUAUCGCUUCCGACUCAGCCAUGUUCCUUUUGCUUGUCCUUAUCGGCUGGUGGGAGCAAAUCAACGACAGAUUGAAUAUUUGCUGAGACGUACAUAUACUUUCCAGCACUACUAUAGAUCUGGUCCGGAGAUGUCGAAUGAUGAGAGUAGAGAGUUCA